GAUGCUGCUGCACGCGCAAGUGUAUGUGACAACAUUGUAAACUUCACACAGUAGGCGAUGCGCGUAUCGCGUCGCAUAAGUUUUCGGUUGCAUGUGUAUACGGCGCUCUUGUUAGUUUUCCCCCAUAUAUCUAGCAGUCAUUUCCUGACAGACAUUCGCUGCGGUCUCCAUUCUGAUUCCACCCUAGUACAGUGCUGGUUUUUGUUGGGGUUUUGCGUCCCCAGCGAUGGAAAUUGAAAUAAAGCUUUUCUACACUACUCGUAACGACACUUGAUGCAAUUCAGAGCAAUCGUAUCAACAUUAGUCGCCGAUGCAGAAAGACAGAAAGUGCAGAACGAUGAAAAGUAUAGAUGUGAAAAUGUGUGCGCGCGUGUGACGCCAUUCGCAUUCAAUACGCUCGGAAGUGGACACAUUUGGUGCAACCGCUAGAUUUUCUGCUGUUAUUGUGCUGAAAUUACCGAAACAGACGGGUGUAGUGUGUUUGUGUGUGCGGUUUAUUUUGGAUGUGCUGUAACGCGUCAAUCGCGUUUUGUUUCGUUGCCAUUGGUUUUCCCAUUCGACGAUAUACGCAGAAAACGCCGUAAUUCUCCCCACACACAGAGCCGGCAGUUGGAGUCGAUGUGAGCAUUUUGCUGGUGACAAAUAAUUUUCCGAAAUUUUCCCCCCACGGGAAGAAAAGUGAAAAAUUGAAAAAACAUCUACGGGAAAACGCUCGCUUCUGUGUGCAGCUACUACUGGACACCCCCGUCCUUUAUGGACGCCAUUACGCUGUGCUACUACGUGUGUGCGUGUGUGUAGUGCUAGCUGUGUGUGCGCUAUUGUUACGGAGCAGCUAUCAUUUGCUCGGACCGAUUGUCCAUCCACCCGGCAGGAGGAAAGACGAGAAAGUAAGCAAAGUGCAUACCCCGAAACGGCUUGUAACUCGUGAUGAAUUUCUCAGCAUUUGGUGGACCGUUUUCGGGUAUACAUCAAUUUGCGGCCAAAUUUGGCAGCAAUGAUGGUGCGUUUACCAGCACCAACAGUCCCGGAAAUGGGACGGCUGCCGCCACUAAUGGAGUCGGACUGGGUGCAGCCACCGGUAAUGGGGUUGGUGGAGUAGCGACGGCAGGCAGCAAUAUUGGCCAACAGCAAGACCUGAACCGAUAUCAUGGUGCUACGAAUGGAAACCAUUUCAAUCAGAACACUACCUCAAUGGUCAAUACACCGAUGUCUUACGGGCAAAACAUGUCACAUCCUUACGGUGGUGCAAAUCAACAAACUACCAACGAUCACACGUUCGGCAAUGGAACUGCCUCGAUGGGCAACGAUCACCAAACAAAGGUCACCAAGGGAGGCAACGUAUUGAAGGUGGAUCGAGACGAUAUGAUCAACCAACAAAUCCUACAAAACGUUAACCAAUCCUGGCAAACGCUAACCAACCCAUCGAAUACGGUCGAUUAUUCUUCACACCUGCUGUCGGCCACACUACCAAUAUCCAUACAACAUCUGCUAAAGUAUUCCGAAACGAUAAAAAAAGAACCAAACAGUGGAUCCGUCGCUGGUUCUGGCCUAAACUCUCCCGGGCCGCUCAGCGGUUUGAUUGGUGUGGAAACGAACGCAUUCAAUGUGCAAAAAGAUUUACUAAACCUGAAAAAUGGUUCCAAUCUAAAUCUAGCUCUCGGUAAUGUGGCGGUCAGUGCAGCUGCUGCAAGCCUUGGCUUAAAUCAUCAGCAUCUGAUGCAACAUCAUCAGCAGCAGCAGCAACAACACGCUGCAAACGCUAGUCAUCACACGGACAAUGGGUUUGUGAAUCAACAGCAGCACGCAAACAGUAUGACAAAUGGUGCGGGCCAAACUGUGGUCAGUUCCGAUGCGCACAAUUCAAGCAGCAGUACGCUAAACGGUGGAACCGGUGCCAACGGAGAGGAAGCGAACGGCGUAGGGUCUACACCGGCCACGGGAACCGGUACGGGCAAAACUAAAACGAAAAAGCAAAAGAAACGUAAACCACCGAAGGAGAAGAAACCACGCCCGAAACCGGGCCAGAUACGGGAAACGAAGGCACUCGAUGGAUCGCCACUGUUCUGUUGUCCCGAGUGCCAAAUGGCAUACCCGGAGCGAGGGUUGAUCGAGCAGCAUGUUAUCUCGCACGCGGUCGAACGCCGUUUCGUGUGUGACAUCUGUAACGCAGCGCUAAAGCGAAAGGAUCAUCUCACACGCCACAAACUGUCGCACAUUCCCGAUCGUCCACAUAUUUGCAGCAUUUGUCUUAAAUCCUUCAAACGCAAGGAACAGUUAACACUUCACAUCGUUAUACAUACGGGAGAGAAGAAGCACAUUUGUGGUGAAUGUGGUAAAGGAUUCUACCGCAAGGAUCAUCUCCGUAAGCACACGCGUUCUCAUAUAGCACGGCGUGUAAAAUCUGAAAUGUCCGCUUCGAAUGGUACUGGAAGUGGCAGUGGUUCGGCGAAUGUUACUGCUGCCCAAAACAACAGCACCUUGGCGGGUUCACUGAUGGCUACCAACAUGCAAGGUGCACCGGUAACGGCCUCCUGAGGGUCGUACAAAGACUUCUGGUAAGGUGUGUGAGUUCCUCAUCCAAAACGAUGAUAUUGCACUGAUAGUCAUGGUUGAUGGUGAAGACAAAUUGCAGGUCAAUCUUAUGAACACAGUUUGUGUAUAAUUCCAAUUCUCUCUUUCAUUUCAUUGGCCUUUAAGGUCAUGCCGGCCAUUUCUGGCUUACUAGACUUAUUUUUACCACGUACCCGGAUAGUCGGUCCUUGGGGGACAGUCCGGAUGGGAUUUGACAGCCGGUCCUGUCGUGUGGAACCAGCGUCGUUUAUCACAUACACCUCCAUAGUUUUAAUUAUUUCAAGAUAUUUUACCAUUAUCGCUGGGAAAUUAAUGCUGCUUACAAAGUAGUGCCAAUUCAAUCUUCCUGGAGAUUUUGUGUGCAAUCUGUUUUUCUCCACAGUUUCUUAAACGCUGUAAUUAUUUGUAUUCAUUACUAUAUUUUUAUAUUUGCCCAACUAUUAUUUCUUCGACAUCAGUGCUUAACAAUCUAUCGUGCAUAUAAUCGAGGAAUGAUCACUAUAAAACCUUGCCCAGAAGUCAUUAACCUUUUACCUACCAAGUACUAUUUCAAAAUGAAAUCUUUUCUAAUGUGUUUUCUUCCGUAUCAGGUUGCAAAACACAUUUCAUGAGAUAAUAUUUUGAAUUCGUAUGACUGGUACAGCUGAUUAUUUUAUGAGGAAACAAAACUAAAUUUUUUGCACGUUUACUAGUCACAGGUGUGUUAGACUGGACAACAAUUUCCAAAUUAAAACACAAGAAAAAUGAUCCCCAACCAAAAAAAAACUGAACGAACUAAACUGUUCUGGGAAUCAUUUGCACAAGUUUUACGAACCUCGCAUUCCAUGUAGUAAAGGUGAUGCUAAUUUUGUAGCAAAUAAACAACCUACAAAACAUGGUCGCGAACGAGAACAAGAUACAUUGCUUUCGGAAUUCUACAUGCAACACAAAGUUCUGAACACGAGUAACGCCUCCUGCACAGGUGCAAGGCAGGUUGAACUCGAGCCUAAAAGAAGCAGCAAUAAUUUUAAAAUCAUUGUGUGGCAUUUUUGCGUAUUGAAUGUUUGUAAGUGGUGUUAAAUAAGCGUGUAGGAGAAUGAACGAUGUUUUAUGUCUUCAUUUUCUUCAAAGUCGUAAUCGAGUUUGUGCAGUUUGGUACGGCAAACAAGUAAUAAUCAUUUAAGUUGCUGUACAAAAAAAAAAAGGAAAGGAGCACUUGGUGGUGAUGCCGUUAAUGAAGGGCACAGAACGAAAACAACCACUAACAACAAGAACAAAACGAAAAGAUAUUGGCAAACGGUACAACAAUGCUGCUUACAUAGCGGACAAAGCAUACACUAUCAGGGAGAGAACGCAUACAAAUACAGAUGAUAAUCGAAGUUUAAAUGGACGCACGAGACUUUAAUGCGAUGGGAAGGGAGUAACAGUAUUUUGUUUAUUUUCGAACAGAUGAUAAACUCGCUAAAGAAGCUAACAGAGUCAAAGUAUAUAUUCAUGUCUAAUGAAAGGCAACUAUAUCUAUAUAUAUAUUGCAUCUACAUAUAUAUAUAUUGGAGGUAUAAAUAUAUAUUUUGUAUUCGAUAUUGGAAUGGAAUUGCAUUGUGACAAAAUGGUGGGAAUCAGUUGCACACUAACAAAGAACACAUAAUUCGCACUAUAAAUUGUCACCAUAUAACGAUUAUGUGUACGCAGUAGGGAAAGAAAGAGUUUGAUCCAGAUAGUAUUGGGAAGGACAGUAAAUUUUAGAGUUGAAAGGUACGCGAAAAGAAACGCCGUUGUGGGCAAAGGUAAUUGAAAAAAAAACCGCUUAAAUGGAAGUUAAUUUAAUUAAAAGCAGCAUACCCAUUACAAACAAGUCCAGAUCUAACUUAGAAGGGCAUCCGGUUGCCGCCGGUAUAUUAAAAACUUUCCAGCAACGUAAUAGAAACCCAACACACACACAGCGUAACAACCGUCAUGUUGUAUCUGAAUCCAAAGUACAAAACGGAAACAAGUUAAAUGAACAAAAAACCAAAAAAACACACAUCUCUCAUGUCAUAGAUACGUCCGCAGGCUGGAACAUAGGAACAUCUUCCUCUUUUUUUCUGAAAGUUGCAAAUUAUUUUAUCACUGUUACCAGUCGGUAGUAGUUUCUGACUGUUGAAUGCAAUAGAGAUUUACGCAAUGAUGUGCUGCACCAUAACUCCUAAAAAUUAAUGCAAGAAGCGCGAGAAUGAACGCAGGCGAGUGCUGAACGAUAUGAUGGUCCUGGAAAAGAGAUAUAGUACAUAGUUUCCGUGUUGAAUGUUGAAACAAUACAGUAGAGUUCUAGUCAGUGGUGUGAACCGGCAGUUGAGGCGGUCCCUAAAAUGCGUGCUUAAGCGUGCUUAAUUCAGUAACAUGAGGGGUAGUACAUGGUGGUGAUUUUUAAACGGGAUGUAACUAAAUAUAAUGAAACACAGUAUAUACGAUGCUAAAGAGUAAUACUAAAGAUACAACUAGAUAUAUAGGCUUAACAAUCGAGGUCGAGAUACGUCUUAUAUACGCAGCGGGAUCGUGUGCUGUGUGUGAAAAUGCUGCUUCAAAGCGUAGCGUUUUUUUUUUGUUUUUUCAAUCAAACGAAUCCACGGUGGUAGUAGUACCUAACUUGAUUGUGAUUCAACUAGAAAACCAUUAAAAUUUUUGCCAUACAGCAACAACAAAAAAUAACGCAAACCAGAUCUGUGCAAUAAUGCAAUGCAAAUGUUUGACCUAGUAAUGGUAAAAUUUAGUUAAAAGACAAUUAUUCUCUAUUAGUUAAUAAUUGUGUUUUGUACCGCUUUAAGAGAUGAUGGCGUGUGGCAUGAACAAGGCAUCACACAAGAAAGAGUGUAAAACAAAAUAUUAUCCGCAAGCAUAGCUUCGUUUUGGAAAUGGUUCCUUUCAUGUGAUUUGUGUUUCGCUUUACGUUGCAAUAUUUUUAUCACGUGUGCACGUGUGUGUGUGUGCGCAUGUACGUCCACGUGGACAAACAAAAGGAAAAAACCCCUACGUAUUAACUUUAUCAAAAGACUUCGAUAGUGGAUGAAAACACGAAAACAUCAAUCAAUCGGCAAUGCUUCGUAGCGUCUUCGCGAAUAGAAAUAUACUAAAAUUAACGUUAAGUCCGGGAUGCGGAGAUGCGCGUAUUUAUGCCUAUUUAUUAGUACGUUUUUUAAUGAGCAUUAUUCGAACGAAACAAUCGGCAAGCGUGUGGGUGAGAGGCGCGUAUUACACCAUAUACAAUAACGAUAAUAAUAUACUAAUACUAAUACUAUGUAAUAUUUAAUACUAUAUUUUGAUAGGCGUCUACCGAAGUAAAAAUAAGUUUUACAAUUUGGUCUCCUGUGGUGGGGUGAAUUUUUUUUCUCUAAUGUGGAGGCUUGUUAAAAAAAAACACACACACAGACAAAUGCUAAAUACACAUGAAUAUGAUAUAUAUGAUGGUAUCAAUGCGGAAGGAAAAUGUACUGUGCAUGUAUUGUUUUCUAGUCACGGGUGUAGACGUCAGUCAGACGUCUUAUAUCCUGUACUACACUGUUCUGUUUUUAAUUUAUUCGCUUUUCAUACACGCUUUGCGUACCAGAGUUCGUUUUCGGCACACGACAAAACCCGAACUAAAAUGGAAGAUAAAAAUCAAAAUAAUCAAAUGAAAUAUAUCCCCUCACAAAACACGGAUACACGGUUCUAUAUGUACUCUAUGCAUUAACACUAAAAUAUCAGACAUCCUCGUCAAGCAAACAGGAAAGAGAUGUAAAGAUUUUAAACUAAAUAAACACACCCUCCGUUUGUAUCGAUAAACGAAAAAAAAAAUGUAAUUUUGCACAAAUGCACAAAUGCAAAACACACUACUAUCGUUCUACCGUUUACCGUAGUAUUACAUUUAUUGUUUUGCAAAUGGAAUUCAAUGAUGGUGUGUGGGUGGUGCCGGGUACAUUACAAUAAAUUUUUACUCGUAAAACGAAACGAAUCGAACGGACGAUCGGAGUAUACUAAAACAAAUGUCCAUAAGACACAUACACAACACAAAAGCGUAUAUAUAGAGAGAGCGAGAGCGACAAACAUAAUGUUGUAAGCCAUGUGUAAGACAACAGAGACAGCAAAAAAGCAAAAAACAAAGGAAAGAUAUUUUGAACGUUUUUACUAAUUUAUCAAAUACUGUAAUUAUUGUACCCAGUACAUACAAACACAUGCACCGUAACCGUAAUGUGCAGGAACAAACAAGAAGAAGGAAAAAACAAAAUGACGGAUAAACGAUAAACGGAAGAAAACUAACGUAAAAUACAUUUGUGCUUUUCUUAA